GACGGCAUCGGCCAUUUUCUGGCUCAUCGCAGGAGCAGCCUUCAGAGCAUAUUUCCCGAUGAAACCGAGUGCUGCUAAACCGAGCCCGGCCACUAUUAUUCCCGCUGUCUACAAUGGUCAUAGAAGGUUUAAUAAACAAUUAAAAAAAAAAAACUGCAACAUUUUACCAUUAUGGUGAUAGACUUGUGUUUAAUAUACUGACAUAAAUAGAAAAGAUAGUCGAAGACUUUGAAAUGACUGCGAAUUCUGUAACAAGGCCGUAACCUUCUGUAGCACGUUCACGAUGCCUUAUCGGUUUAUCGUCCUUCCCGCCUAAAUCGUAAAGUUCCCGCCCGGAAUCGAGAAGGUUUCAUUUAGUCGAAGCUAAACCGUUGCCCGUCGCUAAAAGCUCAACACUCAACAGGUCUCCUCAUAUUAGUUUUCUAUUAUUUGAAUAAAAAAAUAGCAUAAAAUCGACUACAAUGGCUGCUAAAAAAGGAUCGGUUAAUUAUCUGCAAAUGAAAGAUAAGCUUAAGGAGUUUUUAAUCACUUUUGCGGCUACGGAUGAAGAAGGAGGUACAUUUUUUAAGUACGCCAACCAACUCACGAAGCUCGCUAAUCGUGAGCAGACAACUCUCACUGUUGAAUUGGACGAUAUUUUUGAAUUUGAUAAUAGCCUUGUUGAACCGAUAAUUGAAAACGCUAAGAGGUACAUCAACAUCCUGGCUGACAUUGUUCAAGAUCUACUACCCGAUUACAAAACUCAGGAUAAUAUUGCAAAGGAUGCUUUUGACAUCUACAUAGAACAUAGGAUCUUAUUACAAAAUCGUGCCAAUGCUGCCCACACGGGAGGCAACAAUCGAGAUCCUUUGAACAGUUAUCCUAAAGAAUUGAUGAGGAGAUUUGAAAUUUAUUUCAAAAACUUAACCACUUCCAAACACACCAACAUCCGUGACGUCAAAGCACAAUACAUAGGAAAACUUGUAACUGUACGAGGUGUAGUGACAAGAGCUUCAGAAGUUAAACCUUUGGUUGUUGUUGCCACUUACACAUGUGAUCAGUGCGGAGCUGAAACAUAUCAACCGGUCACUUCAAUGUCAUUCAUGCCAAUACUCGCUUGUCCAAGUGAAGAGUGUAAAUCCAAUAAAACAUCAGGAAAACUCUAUCUUCAAUCUCGCGGCUCUAAAUUUACAAAAUUCCAAGAGUUGAGGAUUCAAGAACACAGUGAUCAAGUUCCAAUGGGGACUAUUCCAAGAUCACUGAUGGUAUUCUGUAGAGGAGAAACUACUCGUCAAUGUGCACCAGGAGAUCAUAUCGAAUUAACAGGAAUUUACCUUCCUCUUCUAAGAUCCGGCUGGCAGCAAUUGAGAGCUGGUCUUAUUUCUGAAACCUAUUUGGAAGCUCAUAGAAUUGAACCCUUAAACAAACUUGAUGAUAAAAUGGGUGAAGGAGAAUUGUCAGAAGAAGAGAUAAAACAGCUAGCUGGCGAUGACUUUUAUCAAAAACUUGCAGCUAGCCUUGCACCAGAAAUUUACGGUCAUGAGGACGUAAAGAAAGCCCUGUUACUUCUGUUGGUGGGUGGAGUUGACAAAAGCCCCGAUGGAAUGAGGAUUAGAGGAAAUAUCAACAUUUGCCUCAUGGGAGAUCCAGGUGUCGCUAAAUCACAAAUGUUGUCGUACAUACAAAGGUUAUCUCGCAGGGCACAAUAUACCACAGGAAGAGGCUCGUCAGGAGUAGGUCUCACUGCAGCUGUAGUAAAAGACCCCUUGACAAAUGAAUUAGUACUUGAGGGUGGAGCUCUAGUACUUGCUGACCAAGGUAUAUGUUGUAUCGAUGAAUUUGAUAAAAUGGCAGAAUAUGAUAGAGUUGCUAUUCAUGAAGUAAUGGAACAGCAAACAGUUUCAAUUGCAAAGGCAGGAAUAAUGACCCGUCUCAAUGCAAGAGUCAGCAUUCUGGCUGCUGCUAAUCCAGCAUUUGGGAGGUACGAUCCAAAAAAAAGUGUAGAGCAGAAUAUUCAGUUGCCGGCUGCUCUUCUAUCCCGUUUUGAUUUACUUUGGCUUAUUCAAGAUAAAGCUGAAAGAGAUAAUGACUUAAGACUUGCUCAGCACAUUGCCUACGUCCACAAAAAUGUGAAUCAACCACCGACCCAAAUUCAACCCUUAGAUAUGUCGCUAAUGAGAAGAUAUAUUGAUCUGUGUAAAAGAAUAACCCCAACAAUCCCCCAGAAUCUGACUGACACUAUUGUUGAAGCAUAUGUCGACAUGAGAAAGGAAGCGAGAAACAACAAAGACAUGACAUUCACAUCAGCACGUAAUCUUUUGGCGAUUCUCCGUCUCGCAACGGCUCUGACUAGGUUAAGACUCGCCGACGUGGUCGAGUCUGAAGAUGUAUCAGAAGCGAUGAGGCUUCUUCAAAUGAGCAAGGCAUCGCUUGCCUUCGGGCAAGAAACUGUAGCCAGGCCCUUGUCUGCAGUGGAUAGGAUAUUCUCGGUAAUCAGAGAGUUAGCCAGCGGCGCCCAGACUGUCAAAUUAAGCGACAUCAGAGAAACGUGUGCAACUAAAGGAUUUCAAGCCGGUCAAGUUGACGCUUGCUUGGAAGAAUAUGAACAAUUAAAUGUGUGGCAAGUAAACCAAGCAAGAACAACAUUGACAUUUGUAUGAAUGAAUCUACUUUUUCUUUUUUCUUUUUAUAUUGCCCUUACAUUGUCCUCAUAAUAAAUUUUAUGCAUUAAUGUA